UACAGGCAAAACUACUAAACGUAGAGACAUUGUUUAACAAGGAUUUUUUUCAGAAAUCGCUUGCUAAUUACAGACGCCGAAAAUGGCAGUAGCACUUCAGGUCUGGAUGUAAGACAUUCGAUAGCAGUAAAAUCUUCAAAAAUGCGAAUCGGAUCAAAGUGUAUUUAUAUCGAUUACAUAUAACGCCAUUUUGUUUCUUAUGAGAGGUAUCGUGUUUCAAAUGUUACUAAAUAUAACGAAAAGGCAUGUGUCCUUAUCAUUCAAUGAUAUCGAUUCAACAUGAUCCAGUUGUCUAAAUAAUGGGGUAAAGGGGGUAUUUACACUUCCAACCUCUGUUACUAUUCGCUAAAUCAUAUGUCGUCAAUGCUCAUCGAUUCUAUUGAGGAUCUAUAACGUAGUGUUUCGAUAAGAAUCAAAACAGUUAGCAGUGGAAAUGCCCUAUUAUCUAUCUAAAGCUCUGUUGACCGUUCUUAGGUUAUAACUUUACAUUAUGUUUAUAUGAGUGUACUUUCGCUUUAAUUUGGAGUUAUCACGACAGAUGUAAUUUCGGUGGAGUUUUCUGUAAAAGGUCACAAACUAAAGCGAUGUCAAACGGUAUAACGGAGAUAAUAAUAUAUCAAAGAUCAUGGUUUACAAAGAGUAGCUCGAAAAGGACGUAACUUCUCCUUUAUAUCGCCGCUUUUCUUCGAAAAGGUUGUAACUUCAUCUUUAUAUCGCCGCUUUUCUACGAAAAGGUUGUAACUUCACCUUUAUAUCGCCGCUUUUUCAUCGAAAAGGACGUAACUUCACCUUUAUAUCGCCGCUUUCUUCGAAAAGGACGUAACUUCACCUUUAUAUCGCCGCUUUUUUUCGAAAAGGACGUAACUUCACCUUUACACAAGCUUCGGUAACAUCGUAAUUCGAAGACAAGAGGGCCAUGAUGGCCCUGUAUCGCUCCACAUAUUUUUCUGUGAAAAGGGGGCAAUGUGCAUGGAUUGAAAUGUACUCAUGCAUGUGACUUUCUCUCUCUCCCCCUCAUCCCACUGGGGGCUGAUAGUUGGAAGGCUGAGCAUUUUUAUAUAUGGUAAACGUUACUACGGUGUUAACUAAAAAGACUAAAAAGUCCACGAAAUGUCAAACAGGUCCUUUGCUUAUAACGUAGGUAUAUGUAUCUGUCCAAAAGAUAUCGUUGUUCUUUCUCUUUCACAUAUUUGUAUAUGCUGAAAACCAAAUAUAUGCAAGUUCUACGAGAUAAAUUAAAGUUCCUUCCUUCAAUUAUAAGUCUCUUUCCAAAACUCCAAAAAGUAUUUGUAGGUUUUAAAGUGGCUGUUACUUAUAUAGCUCAUGACAUGCAAAAUACCGAAUUACGUAGAGCACCUGAACUUUACGCGCCAAUCUUGAGGCAGUAGUGAGUGUAGCAGGAUUGUAAACCAGGUGAAAAAGUUUAUUGUUCAAAGAAAAUAUUUGUCUGAGGAAAUAUAAAAUUACAAAUUUGUCAAUAUUCAUGAAACGCUGAAAAGAAGUAGGAAGGAAAACCUUGUAGAGGUUGGUUGUUGAACAAAGUAAACGGUCAUGAGACAAACAAUCAACAUUAUAAUUCAUCAAGAUGUUGCCAUCAUGGCAAUACUUUUUGCAUAUGGUGUGAGGUUAAAAUAGAUAUGACAAACCAUUAGCUUGAACUAAUUUUCCUUUACUUUCUCCAUCUGAAGUUGGUUACCUGUCAUGUUUGCUUUUGAAAAACACUAUGAUUUCCAUAUAUUGAAAUAAGGUAUCUGACCUAUUCUCUGAUAGGUUGCAAGUAGUAUACUUAGCGGCAGUCACGGUAUAAACAUGGUGAUCGUUGGUAGAAUAUUAUAUUUGUAGAUAUAUAUUUUUUAGGUUUGAUUCUCCUUUCGUUUUCGGUGUUGAAGAUUAAAAUCACUUAUUUCUCUGAUUUUAGGUUUGUUUUGAACACAUCUUUUUUGCAAUCUGUUUGUAAAUGAUAAAAUGAUGUAAUUCAUAAAAAAAUAAAAUAUGUUUGAAUUCUUAACCAUUUUAUCUCUUUAAAUCUUCAGAACCCCCCUUCAAAUAGAAAAAAAUAAGAUUAACGUUAAUCCCACAUAAAGCAAAAAGCCCCGCCCACAGCAAAUCUGAAAUGCUAUCUUAACUUUUAAUAUUGCAGUUUGUUUGACUAGUUUAAAAUUAUACAAUUUAUUGUUUUAAAUACAAUAGUGGCUGUUUAUUCUGUAUAAGGAACUGUAGCAUAUACUAUACAAUGGUCCGACCAAACACUAUCUAUAACAUCAGAACAAUAAAGUUUCAUGUUUGUAUAAACGUGAUCUAUCAAUGAUCCAGAUGAAUGUGUAGGUUUUUUCUCAAGCUGUUUGCAUCCAUAUGUUUAGCAUAAAGUUCGACAUAUCUUCAUUUUUGUACAAGUUUAUUUUCAGAUCACCUUGUAUAAUGAGACAUUCUUCCUGCCUGUGUGCAAGAUUCGUAUAUAGAAACGUUUUGAGGUGUUUUGCUGAUUAAGUUGGGGAAUCACGACCGAGGGAAUCUGAUUUUAAAAUGUGUCUCAUUUGACCAAGAUUGCUUCCACGAUAUUCGCAAGGUGUGUGCGGACGUCCGCCAAACGGAAUGGAAAUUUGAAUAUGUUCCCGAACUCUCAGACCUACCUUCAGACAAGUACAUGUCGGUAAAUGAAGGAAAAUGGCUCACCGAUUCUAAUAAAAGGGAGCUUUUGAAAGAGAUAGGGAGCAUGAACGGGGUAGACCACGAGGUAUUGCAGAAACUAUCCGUCCACGAUGUGGUCUUACUUGGUAGCACGCAGGACGGCCUUUACCUAGAAAAAGGAUUUCAGGUAUUUGACAAGGGUGUUACUAGUUUAAAUGCAAGUGAUGUUGACAUUCUCUAUAUAUAUGGAGGUAUUAACGUUAUCAAAGAGUCUAUUGGCAAUGAGAAUGGUCUUUGGCUCACCCCGAGAGAAACGGAUUUUCCAGGCUACUUCAAAAUGCAAAUCAUGGCAAAGUCCUUUGAGAAACACGAACCAUUUUAUCUUAAGAACACCCACGUAAAGAUGAAACUGUUAUUUGAGUUGGGUACAUGCCAACAUUACGUUGUGGCGUCGAGUUUAAUUGAUGUUUUCAACUCGGCAUCAAUAGUCGGGUGUAUGGAAGAUGAACACGGAAUUAUUAACAUCGAUAAUGUUGCUGCUUUGCGAAUGUAUGAAUGGCCGGACAUUGCACACGAAUUCACAAAUAGGGACAGGCAACAUGCAUGGCCAGCUCAAGCAUUGAUCGAGCAUGUGACCAGUAGAGGUUGCGGUUUUGUUGCUAAGGGUCACAACGAGAGUGAAGAUUUUGAGUAUCAGUGGCGAAUUUCCUUUGCAGAGUCGGAGAAGAUAUUGUCAAGAUCUUUAAACCCAGCACAAAUCCGAGCAUACCUCUUCCUUAAAACCUUAUUUAAAACACAUCUCGAAGAUGAAGAUGAUCCUGAAGGGUUAUCAAGCUACAUGAUGAAAACCAUCCUGUUUUGGACCAUUGAAUCGGUGGAUGGAAGGAUAUGGACAGACGAGAACAUGUUGAACUGUGUAGAAAUACUACUUGACAGACUCGCCAUGUCUCUAGAUCGCGGAGUAAUAUCAAGCUUCUUUGCGCCAACACUUAAUCUCAUUGGCAACCUCGAUAGGGAGAAGAAAUCAAUUCUUGCGAACAAAGUGAGAAGCCUUACCCGAGACCUGUUUUCGUCUAUUGUUACCUGCGUGGAAAACCCCUCAUUUAACGGAAUGUGUAAUACCGGUACACCACUUCAACAAAUGUACAAGUUGCAAGAUCCCACUGAAUUCGGAGCGUUGUUAAGCAUGAUACAUUUUACAUCAUAUCUCUAUCUUAGACUUCAAGUACUAAUGUACCAGCAAAAAAUAUCCGUAAGUGCGCUGAACUCUGUUCUGGAACAAGCAUGUAGAAGUGUGUGUUCUGUUAUCGCACCAAGAGCAGUUUGGUAUCUGUUAGAAUCCAUCAAACUACAACCAAACACGUCCUUGUUUUCAAUCCGUAAGGACUCAGAUGAAAGUUAUACCCUUGAUGUAUCCGGCAUGAGAAGGCACGUUGUGGAUUUCUGGCGGAGUGCAAACUACAGCGGUCUGUUUACGAGCGUUAUUAAAGACCAGGAGAUAAUUACCGGCGAUGCAAUAGAUUCUAUACCAGAAUUUGAUGAGUUUAUGGAGUGGGUGAACACAACGUGUCUGUGGUCAGGGGCACACCCUGUCAACCGUCUCACAGAGAAAUACCCGCCUAACCUCGACUGAAAUGUUAUAUUUGGCGCGCUACCGGUCAACGGUCACACAGAGAAAUACCCGCCUAGCAUAGACUGAAAUUGUAUCAUUGGUUUUCUAAAAGUUUUCAAAAAGGUACAAAUCGUCUGUCUCUCUCGAGGGUGACAUACUUCCAAUCUUGUCUUAAGUGAUAAUGCUUCCAUUUGAUCCAGACAUACGAGUUACUUAUAGUGAUCUCUGUAAAAGUAUUGAGCAGACGAAGUUGAACAACAUCAAAUGACAUCCGCAUUCGGUACUUUAGCGGAAACCACUGCUCAAUAAUUGAUAUAAACUCUGCUCGUUAUGAGCGGUAUACUCGAACGCCGCAGCAGUGUUUUUUGUAUUAGUUCUCUCUUUAGAUUUCCACAGAAGUUUUUCUAUUCUGGUGUUCUUCCGUCAUUGAAGUUAUUACCCCAUUCAAAAGGUAUGCUAUGGCAUACACCAACUUUGACUCAAGAAUUUCACUGACUUUUUCAUAGCCUCAUGCUGUGCAUGUAUAAUGUACACGAUUGAAAUAUAGUGUUGUUCUGUUCUACACAAAUAACAUAACUUCAGCUCGCCCUACGCUUAUGAGCGCAACGCUGAUUUACAAAAAAAACACGCUACUGAGUUGUGAUAUGAAUGUUAUCGGUCAGGGAUUGGGAGAAUUGACAAAUCAGGGAGUUUACCGAGCCGAUUUGUCAAUUCUACACAUCACUGACCGGUAACAUUCAUAUCACAACUCAGUAGCAUAAUAUUCUAUUUAUCUGGAAACUCUGCAUAGAUAUUCUAAUUAAAAUAGGAUAUAUGUUUAUAGUAUUCAAUGAAAAAGACUUCCUCGCGUCUACGAAGUAUGUCAUCAAAAUGACGCGUGUAUGACUUCAUCGUGCAAACAGUUACAGCGGAAAUGGUAUCACGUGGUCCAUUGACCUGAUAUAACUAAAUGUUAUCAGGCAGGUGUUAUCGGUCACUAAAUAUGCCUUUGUCAAAAUAAAUUUAAAUACCGUAACUACAGCUUGUGACGAGCUUAAUUUACGUUCUUUUAAAAGAAAACCGGCGUUGCGCUCACAUUCUAUCUUUUAAAAUAGAGGCAAUUUACUUAUGCCGAUGGAAUCGUCGAGUAUCCGGGCUGGUUAUUUUUUUCAACCUUUAACCGCAACUUUAACGGAGCUAUUUAACCCAUUUGUGCCUAGCGUCCUCAAAAAAGGCCUUGGCAACCAGCGUAGACCCAGAUGAGACGCCGCAUGAUGAGGCGUCUUAUCAGGGUCUACGCUGUUUGCCAAUAAAGGAAUUUCUGUAAGAAACAUUCUAAAGAUAGAUUUUUUUCCAGAAAACCCCCAUCGUCGGUUACCCAUGACUAAUUCAUUCCGUUACUCUCCAGCAAUAGAUGCUGGAGAGUAACGGAUGAAUUAGUCAUGGGUAACCGACGAUGUGGAUUUACUUGUUUGAUAAUUAUACGGGAGUAACUGACAUUGAAAAAACGGAGAGUUGUCGUUCGUUCGGUACGUAUCGCGUAAGAUGUAAACAAAAGAAACGAAAACACGUUCUGCACCUCAGAUCGCUGAAAAAAUAAUAUAUACUGGUAAAGUCAAUUCAAAUUUACGCAUACAAUUAUAUAUUCAUUGAGUGAUAUACUUAUAAAUCUAGUUUGUUGAUAUUUGUAUUUUAAUUCUGCAUUGUCAUAUAAUAUGCGACCCUGAACUUUUCAUCAGUAAAAGUUUUGAAAUUCGGAUAAUAGCUUCCUGCUUUUAAAACGGUGCAUGUUGCAUUAUGCAAUUGAUACCCAACAUUUUGUCCUAUCCUGUUAGGUAUUUCAUUGAUUCAUAGUCAGUAUUAAUGUGUGUUUAGUUUUAAUAUUGAUCGAUAUUCUUCUGUCACUGUCGCACUUAACUAUCAGUUUCUGAAAACAUGUGUUUUAACUGCAAUAUAAAAUCAGUUUAGUGAAAUUUUCUUGAUUAUUCGUUUACUAAAUUAUGCUGUUUUGAACUGAUUUUGGUUUAAAUAUUUUCUUUAGAAGACUGUGUGAGAGUAUUGUGAUUGGUCAUAGACUAGUUCAGAGUUGUAUUGUUUAAUUACAAUGUCCAAUGACCAAGUUAAUUGACCGAGUUGUUCUUCGGAUACAGCACCAGGGUUCAGGAUCACGUGACUUUUUGUUGUUCCCAUUUGAACUUUAAUGGAUUAAACAAACCGGUUUGUGGUGCUUUUUUUCAGAUGAUUUUUAAAAAUAACAACACUUUUUCUUAAGAAUUUUAACUAGUGCAUAUAACAGACAGACAGGUUUUUGUUGUUGCUUAUGGCAAUGUGAAAUACAUCAUAAUUAUAUUACUUUAUUUGAUAAGCCAGUGUUCUUGGCAAAAAAUGUGUAACGCAUUUAUGUUUAUGGUUAUGUUGCAAGCAACUUUAAAUUUUGGCAUUGAUUUUACAUGUUUUUAAUUAUUUAUGUUUAAAUCUUAAGAUAUCGGUACAAAAUGCAAGAAAUACAGUCUUUUAUCAGGGCUUUUCAUCAGGAAAUUGGGAAGAGGCCCUAGCCUUUCAAAUUGGGAAUUGCAUGCGCGUUAACUGCUCAUUUUGGGAAGACUGUUUUUUUUAAGUUUUUGAAACAGGGUCUUUUUCAUUUUGCAGAAGUAUUAAAAGACACAUUGUGGUGCAUUCUUAAUCAUAUUAGAGCUCAUUGCUUUCAAUUUCGAAGAUGCCCAAUAUGUCAAAGUAAGUAAAAAAAAAAAUUUUACAAUUUGGGAAAUUCCUCUAUCAAUUUUGAGAUAAAAAGACCUUAUUUUCAAUUGGAAAUAAGGAAAAAGCCCCCCUCCCUCCUGGCGGCCAUGUUUUUUUCCGAUCCAAACCAUUUCGAACUCAACUGUACUAUCCAGGGAACAAAUUUUCUGACCAAAUUUCAAUUUCACUUCUUUAUAUUAUACUACAAUGGAGACGCCAGUCUCCUUCUCAAGGGCUACGUACGUCUGGUAGUCCUUUCCUUGGUAAGAUGCAAGUACUUUGGCGUAUAUUGCGUACACCUUUGUGUUUGCUACGGAUGUCUACGCAUGUCGCAGUCUCUGGACGAAUCCUUUUUUUUCUUUUUUUCUUGUAUUUUUUUAUUCAAUAUAAUACAUACAAUGUAAGCAUGUAUGUGAUCAUAAAACAAAUUGAAACCAUGUAGCAACAAUAAUGUUCAAACAUGUUAUACAAGAUAUGCUAAUAUAUUCUUUAAAAUAAGAAAAAAAAAGAAAAGAAAAAAAAGAAAAGACAGAAAAGAAAAGAAAAACAAAGAACAACAGAAUAAUAAUGAAUAAGGAUGAGUUGUAUGAAGUAGUUAGAAAGAAUACUGGACUUGUUAUGAAAAUUUAAUGCGUUUCCAUUUUUGUUCCAAUAUAUGAAGUGUAUUAUUGAUUAGGGCUAUUUCUUUUUCAAUUUGAAUAUAUUAUUGUUAGGGCUAUUUCUUUUUCAAUUUGAAUAUACAGUUGUAAAUAAUUGAUUAAACAGUUCGUUGUAGGUGUUGUUUUUCUGUAUUUCAUAUUGAAUAUGAAAUAUUUCAUUAAUAUAAUUAUGUAAUUCACAGCAUUAUUGAAUUCUUGUAUUUUGAAGGUAUUUACCCCUAAACUGACGUUUAAGAGAGAUAAUUUGUUUAACAUUUAAUUGUUGUUUCUCUAGAAAUGUUGUCAAUUGAUUCCAUAGAGAUUGAAUAUGUUUACACUCCCAUAAAAGGUGUUUUAUUGUUUCAAUAUGUUCACUACACAUAUCACAUAGAUUUGUAUUGGAUAGAUUGCACUUAAAAAGAUAUUUAUUUGCAGCCAUGAUUCUCUGGAUGUUUUUAUAUUGAAAAUUUCUUAGUGUGCUAUAAGUAGUUGAUGUAUAUGGCAUGAUAAAUAUUUGUUUCCAAUUUAAUUAUUUUUCUUCAAGAAGGGUUUGCCAUUUAGUUUGAGCUUAAGAGAUUUCGGUAGGGAUUUUUAAUUUGAAGUGUGUUAAUAUUUUGUUCGUUUUGUUUUGUUUUGCAAUUAUGUUUUCUACGAAAAUUUUGGAGUACAUGGUGUGUUAUUUGUUUUGUAACAGCUUUCAUAUGUAUGGCUAUACUUUUGAUCAAUGUGUAGUACAUCAGGAAAUUACUUGUAGGUAUUCCGAAUAUGUAGCAUAAGUUAUCAAAAGAAUAGAAGUCGUUUCUUCUGUAGUCGUACAAUUGAUCAACAUAUUUUAUGUUUCGUUCAAACCAAUGUUUAUAGAAAAGUGUUUUAUUGUUAGUUGUUAUGUCUUAAUUGUUCCAUAAAAUGAUUUUACUGUU